AUGAAGCUGAAGCUGAAGCUGCCCAACCCGGGUCUGGAGGAGCGCAUCCCCUCUCACGCUGACCUGGAGGAGAUGGAGAAGGUCCAGGCCGGAGAACGUCCUCAGUGGGACAACAAGGCCCAGUACAUGCUCACCUGUGUGGGCUUCUGUGUGGGACUGGGGAACGUCUGGAGGUUCCCCUACCUGUGCCAGAGCCACGGAGGAGGGGCGUUCAUGAUCCCAUUCCUGCUGCUGCUGGUCCUGGAGGGGAUUCCUCUCCUACACCUGGAGUUCGCUAUAGGACAGAGGAUGAGGCAAGGAACCAUCGGGGUCUGGAGGUCCAUCAGCCCCUACCUGACCGGACUGGGAAUAGCCUCCAUGGUGUGCUCCACCGUGGUCGGCUUGUACUACAACACCAUCAUGGCCUGGGUCAUGUGGUACUUCUUCAACUCCUUCCAGGAUCCACUUCCAUGGAGCCAGUGUCCACUCAGCCAGAACGGGACAGGUCCGGUAUCAGAAUGCGCCCGGAGCUCCUCUGUGGAUUACUUCUGGUACAGAGAGACUCUGAACAUCUCCACCAGCAUCCAGGACUCCGGUGGGCUGCAGUGGUGGAUGGUGCUGUGCCUGAUCGCAGCCUGGACGGUUCUCUGGGUCUGCUGCAUCCGAGGCAUCGAGACCACCGGCAAGGCUGUUUACGUUACGUCGACUCUGCCGUACGUGGUCCUGACCAUCUUCCUGAUCAGAGGACUGACCCUCAAAGGAUCCAUCAACGGCAUCAAGUACCUGUUCACUCCAGAUGUGAACGAGUUGAUGAACCCCACGACCUGGAUGGACGCAGGUGCUCAGGUGCUGUUCUCCUUCUCGGUGGCUUUCGGAGGACUCGUGUCCUUCUCCAGCUACAAUCCAGUGCACAACAACUGUGAGAAGGACUCGGUGAUCAUCUCCAUCAUAAACGGCAUGACUUCCGUAUACUCAGCGACCGUCAUCUACUCCAUCAUCGGCUUCCGAGCUACGCAGAAAUACGACGAGUGUCUGGCAGGGAACAUCUUGGCCCUCCUGAACGCCUUCGACCUUCCAGAGGGGAACAUCACCGAAAGUAGCUACGACGAGGCCUUGCAGAUCCUCAACAGCACGUCACCUGCGAUCGUUCAGGGACUCGACCUGAAAACCUGCGACAUGCAGACCUUCCUCAGCCAGGGAGUAGAAGGUACCGGUCUGGCCUUUAUCGUCUUCACCGAGGCCAUCACCAGCAUGCCCAUUUCUCCACUCUGGGCCGUGCUCUUCUUCAUCAUGCUCUUCUGCCUGGGACUUUCCACCAUGUUCGGUCAUGUCGAGGGGGCUGUAGUUCCUCUGCAGGACCUGAACAUUCUACCUAGGAACUGGCCGAAAUCUCUGCUGACGGGUCUGGUGUGUCUGGUCUCCUUCAUCCUGGCCCUCGUCUUCGUCCAGGCUUCUGGAAACUACUGGCUCGCCCUGUUCGACGGCUUCGCGGCAUCCAUCCCGCUGCUGGUGAUAGCCUUGUGCGAGCUGCUGGUGCUGGUUUACGUCUACGGCAUGGAUAGGUUCAACAAAGACAUGGAGUUCAUGAUUGGACACAAGCCUAACAUCUUCUGGCAGGCCACCUGGAGGUUUAUCAGCCCCCUCAUCCUCCUGGUCAUCCUGGUCUUCUACGUCAUCAGCAAAGUUAGCAGCAAGCUGACCUACACUGUCUGGGAUCCUGAUUCGCCCAGUUUUCCAGUUUUGGUGGAAACCACAUACCCUGACUGGGUCAGCGCCGUCAUCUUCAUCCUAGCUGGAACCCCGUGCCUCUCUAUACCUGCAGUGGCGAUCUGUAAGUUCCUGUGGAGAAGGUGCUGUAGGAGGAACCGUUCAGACGAGGAGAACAUCAGAACCGUCUCUGAAAACGUCUCCAUCAGUGUCAAAACAUCUCAUCAAUAAA